AUGAAGGUACCCAAACUCUGCUGUCGACGGUCCGCAGAAUCGAAUUCAGAAUCUCGAACGCCUGUUUUCCAAAGAUUUUCUUGUGGAAUAGGAGGAAUACUGAGUGAAAUAACAAGUCAGAUUCUAUCAUUUCGUUUGGUUUUCUUCAUGAACGUUCUCGGUCUUUCUGCAACCAACGCCGGGUGGUUAGUGGUUUACGGAAAGAUCUCUCAAGCUUUGGCGCAACCUCUCUGUGCGUUCUUGGGAAACCGAGUCAAGAUUCCAUUUUUGUCUCGGAAGCUCGGAAGAAAAAAGUCUUGGCAUUUCAUCGGAACGACAAUGAUAGCGAUCUUCUUACCCCUCUACUUUGCUCCUUGUUUUCCUUGUCAGAGUGAUGGUGGACAGUGGCAGCUGAUGAUGUACAUUCUUGCCUUAAGCACAGUUGUCUCAACUGGCUUCGGCUUAGUAGAACUUGGGCACCUGUCAAUCAUUCCAGUAAUUUCAAAGAAUCAAGCAGAGGCCAUUGAACUGAACGCAUGGAGGUUUGUAUAUUCCGAUUUGCCAGCUUAACAAGCAUUUAGCAAAAUUAUGCUUACGCAUUUAGCUGUAGUUGUAGUUUUGCACUUAUUAUGCUAUGCACUACAUUUAAAUGUUUUGAUUUUGAUUAGCUGGGUACACUGCUAAAUUUAGCUGGCAUUAGUUUCGUUGCAUCACCUCCGUAAUCCAUCCGGGGGUGGGGGUCCUCAAUAAAGUUUUAUACGGAAAGGUUCUCCUCGAGAUCCAAUCCGUUAUCCUAGAUAUGCCAUUCUUUUCCAUGAAAGGUACCCCUUUGGUUUACCUUCCAAUGAUGCCAUUUCACAUAAGUAUUAACAGUAAACCUUCUAAUUUAAUAUCGGUUUCAAAUUUCUUGGUGAAAGCUUGCUCUUUUAAAUACAGCAAUAUAUUUCCCUAUCCUGGAUAUACAUCAACUAGCGAAACCCCCGGGAUCAAUUUAGGUUUCUAAGAAACUGCCCACCGACCCAUCCCCUAACCCAACAUUUUGUCCUAAGUGAGAAGUAAGUGUUAAUGUUGACUUAAGGGAGGGAUAGGUGGGCAGUUUCCCGGAAACCUAUAAAUUGAUCCGAAGCCCCUACCCCUGGCCAUAAAAUGCCUGAAGUCUGAAUGAGGAACCCUUUUGGGCGUAGCCUCCCCAUUAAGUGACCGUAGCCAAUAUCGCUCCCGCGCCUCUACAGAUAAUAAAUUCAUAAAUAUUACAGAAGUAAUGACAUUUUGGGGGGCAAUGCUUUUUGUACAAGCAAAAGUGGCGUAAUUAAGCUGCUGAUGAUACUUUUCGUCAGAAGAUACUCAACAAGCUCCCAGAAAGACAAAACAAUAAUUAGAAAAAUAUGCUUUACAGGAUUUGACGUUUUGCGGGAUAACUCAUAAUUCUUCCAUUUAUUCUAAGGCAAACUUUUCAGUUCUCGGGUGGUGCCCUUACGUACCUUGUGGCUUGGGCAGUUUUGGGACAAGACAAUGCUAAUCAAGAAAUUUCACCAGAAAGCUCUAUGGACUUUACGGUAAAGUGCACAUCACUUUUGUUGAACUCCUGACCGAAGGCGCAAACAAAUAAUUUCGUUUCUUGUUUUUCGUCUGCUUCUUUUCCAGGUUUUGGCAAUAAUUAUGGUAGGAAUAGGUUUUACUAUCACAACGAUUAUUUUUCACGGUGGAACCAAAGAGCCCUCUGAAAAAGUUGUCAACAGUCUGCCAAUCACUGAUAAGACCGUCACGGAUGACCAUGCUGCGGUAAUUUUCACAUUGUUUUUAUUUUAUCAUGAAAGCCAAUCUACUAUUCCUGUGUGCGUCUGGUGUCUGAACAAAAAAAAAAUACAUGGAAGGUGCAGAUAUGUGAAUUAUUUAAUUUCCCCCCAAGCGGUUCAAGAAAAAAUUCCUUAUCUUCAAUGUAUUAUAUUUUGUCUCUUAAUAUACACCUUGAUACUAGCAAGAAAAAGUAGGCGUUAUUGACGAUUAAAACAGAUUGAGGACUUAACGAAUAAACGAAUGAUGACGCAACUCAAUUUCAAGGCAAUGAUGAAAAACGACGGAACACAAAAUUUCAAGGCAGCCGUUUUUUAGUGUCGUGCUCCUUAACGAAAUGAAAACAAAAUAGCUGGACAAAAUAGACGAACAAAUUUCCUCCAGGCCAGAACUUGCUUUGUUCGUGAAUACUACAUACGCUUACGAUGUGUUUCCCUUUCUCAUAUUUUUCUCUAGGUUAAGCACACUACACUGAUUAAAUACAACUACACACAAAAUAUAUUAACUAAGUCUAAAUGGCUGAAAUUCGCCCGCAAUUAUUCGAUGUUAAUAUGCUUGAAUUAAGCCCAUGUCACUAAUUAGAAUUCGGAAACAACAGGCAUUUGGGACCUGUCCGAACACAAAUGUCUUCAAAUCUAUUUCAGUCCAACACCUGUUACUUAAAAAAAUAAUUGCAUUCUUAUGUUUUCAAUUACUUCUUGUUUAGAAAAAGUCAUCUUUUACUCCUCCAUACUCCAGUCUACAGUCGAUGACCAUGGCAACAGGUACACUUAAAAAAAAAAAAAAAAACAUAACAGAACUAGCGGGUUAAUUAAUGUCGAAGGGUUUCCUCGAGAAAUUAACAAAAUGAGUUAUUCGUUGAAAAACAAACAAUUUGUGAAAACUUAUGUUUUUUUUUUUUGGUUUCGGCUAGUCCCCGUGAAUUUCUUUCGUUUUUUCCAAAAUGAAAUUGUUCAAAACCUUUAAUUUCUUUUAAAAAACAUUAUAGGCUUGGGAUGGCAAAAUGAAAAAAGGCGCGAGACGAGGGGUUCGAACGAGAUGCCGAGUCAAUCAAUUUAUUUGAAGGAAACCUGGAGAUGCCCAAGACUCUUUGCUAAAUGAAACGAAUAGUUUUGAGAGUCUUUAUAAAAAAAACAAACCAUGAAAAAUGAGACUUCAAAACAAUAUCAAAAAGAUGUUUCCUUAGCUGAUUUCGGAUUGAAGAUCAAGAACAGAAAUAAAAUUUUUUUCUUCGCAGUUAAAAAGAACCACGCUUUUCGAAAUGAUUAGUGUGUCUUUCAUUAACCUUUGUUUAUGCGAGUUUUAUUAUAAAUUUGCUGAAAAAGUUAUAAAUCUUUAGAUGAUCGAAAUCGGCAUUUAGAUUUUUUUUACACUACGGUAAUCGGAGAAGUUCAUCUUCUUAAUCUAAUAAAUGAAGUAAUCCGCCCUGACUAUUUCUAUUUCCUCGAUUUCUUUCAUAUUUAUUUUUGGGCUUUUAACCAAAACCUCACCAAUUUUACUCGACGUAAUUGCUUCCCCCAGUAUGGAAGAAUUUGUUCAUUAUUCUUAAUAAGAUCACAUGCAAAAUACUUGCAUUCUUGUGAACUGAACAUGAAAACAAGAAAAUGUUUGCGUGUUGUUUCCCUCUCCACCUCUUCUCUGGUAGUAGUCGUAGUCUUGUGUCUGUACUGCAAUCUUAACGUUCUAUAUUUGCACGACUCAACCCAGUGCUACAAACACAGCAACGCUCGUUCAACCGUAGUUCGUAGUCCGUUGUCGUUGUAUCUUAAAUCCCUAUUCGUAUCAGUACGAUCACCCCUUCUCAAACCCCAGCUACGCGCCUGUAUGUAGUUGUCAAAAUCAGUAAGAGUUCAAUUUUCUCUCAUGCGGCGUAUUAAACUUUAAUUCUCAAGACUUUUGCUCAGUUUGUCCAAAAGUUAUUCAUUUACUAAAUUAAAUAUACUGUAAAAGCUACCUAAGUAUUUAAGUUUACUUAACAAUAACGGAAUUAACUGCGAAUGGCGUUGCCCAAUAAUCUAUAAUAGUGCUAUGCUCAAAGUAAAUCAUCGUUGUUUCGUUUAAUUCCUUAACGUCUAUUUUGUCAUAUUUCGUACUAAGAUUGGUGCUGCAUUAUCAUUUAAAACUACUUUUAUUUAUAUACUUUAGACCUGCUCUUUACCAAGGAAAGAAUGCGCGAUUGGUUCAUUGACAGUUUGAAGACGAAGGGAGAACCAGAGGUGCAGACAGAAGAUCAUACCAGGAAGAAAAGUUUUGCAAGGCACUUUAUUAACGCCAUGUUUGGGGUGAAUGAGAAGGAGAAGAAUGAAGCUAACGAAGGACUACCUCUUGGUGAAGAUACAGUUAGAGAAGCUAUUCCCAAGGCCUCCGUUGCUCAUGUUUCAAUUUCAUCUUCAUCAAAAACUCAGAUUGAUGAUUUGACAAUGUUGCAGAAUGUCAAGGAUAUGCCCCAAGAGCGUAAAAUAAGCGUUCUUAAGAGUAUAUUUUAUGAAUUGGUGGGAUUAAAAGAGCACUUGCCGACUUGCAAUGAAGAGGAAACGAAAGCUCCUACAAGAACGAACAACUCCAAAGGUACUAUCGGUACAGAGAUACCAACCGAUUAUACCGAAAUAAUUGAUGAGUCUUUUGGAACUGACAACGAAGGCUAUGAAUGUGGUAGAAUUGUGGCGAGAUCGUUUCCCCUAGACCAGAUCAAAAAAACCAGCCGAGGGGAAGAGACUUUUACCAACCCACUGGCAACAAAUCAUGGCCUUCCAUCUGAAGCCAUAAAGAAUAACGAGUCGCCUUCAUUUGUCUCUGCUGAAUCCGAAUCUGCUGUUUCCGUCACAGCUGCACCCAAGACAGUGCGAGCAUGGCUUAAGGAUCCACGUCUUUACUUGGUGAGUCUUUUUUUUCCCGUCUGUUAAUGUCAUUAAAAUUUUAUUAACAUUAGCACCACACUAAAACACUUCCUGUUUUGUUUACAUAGGUGGCCACGAUAUUUUCCAGUGCAAAAGUUUUGCAGGACUUUUGCUUCAACUAUCUGCCACUGUUUCUUGUACACAGAGUUCAGUUUCAAAAGGUAAAUAAAUUUAUCAGUUUAUUGCAGUCGUCAUCAAAAAAUAAUGAACCUUUUUACUAAUAAAAGUAUAAUUAAAAAAAAAACGAAUAUUGACAGAAAUGGGUCAGUGAACAUCUUUUUAACCGCUAAUUUUUACUAAAAGGCACUAAACACUAUUGACCAAUCAGGUUAAUAAUCAUCGUUUUGACUACCGCACAGGUUGUCGAAACGUCAGUCCCUGACAACAACAACAACAACAGUCCUAUUCAGGACUACGUCCACCCGGACGAUCAUACUCAACCUACUUAUAAAGUGACUCCUGGAUUCAAACUUUCACAGUGAAAACUAUAAGGCAAUGUGUAUGCAAAAAUAAAUCGCUAGAAUGUUCAAACGGCCAUUCCAAAUUAGCCAUCUAAAGAAAUGCUUGAUAAAUUUGAAUCUUAACUGAACUUCUAUAACUGCUUAAAUAAUUGACUCAAGAACAUUAAUUAAUCGCUGUUUAUCAAUCACUAGUUGUGAUGAGCCGUGUGUGGGGUAUUGCUUAAAAAUGCGUGCCGAUCAACUCCAAAACAGACAAGCACGCAUAUUAUUACAACAGCGGACUAUAAAACAUUAGACGUUUUAUUAUCAUUUUUUUAAAUAAAUACUUAUUAUAUGAUAUAUAUUCCGUCAUUUCUUUUAGUAUUUGUAACCGUACGAUGGUUUUAAAGAUUGUGAUAUGUAGUUAGGUCACAGAAUUGUUCACACGGCUAAUUUGAAAACCAGAUUUGUAUGUUGAAAUUACUAUCGCGUAUAAAUAAAGUUAAUCAUUCAUUCAUCGCAACCUUUGUUUACCCCCUCCCUACCCCCGCCGCCGCCUUAAAAAAAUUGCUACCCACUGUUUCCAAAUUCCAGUCUCUAUUGUCUCGGGUAUAAGGCAGUCACCCCAAGAAGACAACGCGUUUAAGCAAAACCUUGAGGGUGGGGGGGGGGGAAUAAACAAGGUGUAUUAUAGGCGGUUUAAGGAAAUGGGAGUAAGGAUUGCCGAAAAAUUUUUUUUUUUUUUGAGUCAUUAACCUUUUUAACACCAAAAUUAUUUAAACACUGUAUUGUCGUACUGAUCCAUUAAAGUUUUCUUCUUGUUUUUUUUAGGGAGCCAUUGCCUAUCUUCCACUAAUAAUGUUGAUCAGUGGAGCAACAUCUUCAGUCAUUUCUAAGAAAAUUAUCGUCAAACUGGGAAGCAAGGUAACAAAUGUGUCAGGGAAAUAUCAACUGCGGAUCAUGAACAUUUUCGACGACGAGCGUAUGAAUUGUUAAUUCCCCCGGGGGGGGGGGGGAGGAGGGGUGGGUUCCUAGUAACAGGGUAAUGGGGAUGUGUGCGUGGAUGGCGUCGCAUUUGCACUACAUGAAUGACUAUAAUAGGGUUGCAUUUUUACAGUAGUUACUAUAGAUUUUGGGGUCAGAAAAUUUAAAAAUUGGACCAGUUUUACUACAUUAAGUUUUACGAUUGUGCCAAUUCAUUUGAGGUCGAUGCUUUAUGAGGUAAAUAUAAGCCCAAAAAGUGGCUAAGUAGGGAUCGCUAAAAUUGCAUUUGCCCAAGAUAGGUUGUAUGAUUGGAUUUUAGGUUUGACUUGACUAUCUUGCUUUAUAUUCUUUCAGUGGUCCUUCAUCAUGGCUGCCCUUUUAGCAGUUGGAGCUGGCGUGUGGUUCUAUUUUAUCGCCGAGCCCACUAAAGUAAUGACAUAUCCAGCCGUUGUUUUGCUUGGAUUUGGGUUUUCCAUUAUGAUCGUUAAUUCACUGAACUUUGCAGCAGAACUUAUUGGAGACAAUACAGUAAGUCAAAUUAACAGCAAAGUAAGAACUGAGAAAGUUAACUGAAAUUAAUACUGAAGUGUGGCAAGUGAAUUUUCUCAACUUCAAAAAUUCUUAAUUCUUUAAAGGAAAAGGAAUAGCCUCUGAAAACAGCCGACAUUUUGCGACUCCACUAUUGGUUUCCCCGAGGAAACGAGCCCAGAACUGGCUAGUGCCCCUCAUUGGUUGCUUCAGCCAAUUAGAAAUACUACCUAGUAUUCGGUUAGCAACACGUCAUCAGAAUGGAGUUUCUGCUCUCGUUCCUCGGGCGAGGAAGAUUCCUUUCGGGCUUUUAUAAGGAUCUUUCCCCUAACGUUGUCCAUUUCCAUUUCUGGUCUUUUUUUUUUUUUUCUUGGCAGAAGCUUGGUCGAUAGAGAAGAUAAAGUGUUUUAUUAAAAGAAGUGACAGGGAGGCCAUUAAGUAUUUUGUCAGGCUCCGAAAUUGAACAGGGAUGCCUGUUGCUCCCCUCGAUCUACCGGGACGUUUUAUCGCGUGAUUCGCAGUAGAAGUCACGUGACAAAACUACUAACUCCAGUCAUCAUGGCACUUGACAGAGGGCACUUGAUAAAGAUUCCGUGAUGGAAUUAAAAGCUUGUGUAUAGGAAGUUUUUCUAUCCUGUUUACUCGAUCUCAAUAUCACGAUGUUAGGAUUAAGGAACUCUUUCGUCUCUAAUAAAACUUUGUCAGAUGUGGCAAUAAGACGCAUAUUGAAAAUGAUCUCAAGUAGGGGAAAAAAUCCUCAACAGUGACCGUUGUCAUGGCUACAUCUGGAUUACGUGUCAUUUACCAAUGGACCAUUAGUUAUUAUUAUCAUUAUUAUUUCUUAUCAUUAUUUUUCACCAAAAGUCUUACUAUCUUUUAGCACUUUGACACAUAAUUGACCCAUGACGUCAGAGAGUAACAGUUUCAGGAUACUGUAUUAAGUUCCACUGAUACUAAAAAAAGGAAAAAGGAAAGAAACUAGGGAAAAACCAAACAAAGAAAAGAUGAGUUAAAAAUUCCUAAAACAAGAUGACCUCGUUUCUCAUGACAAUAUAUAAAUAUGCUUCUGUCCGAUCGGCACUUCGGAAUCGGCAAAAGAUAUAAUUAAGUGUUAGCCUUGGGACCAGUUUCAAAUUAAGUUAUUUUGUUAUUAAAGAUAAUGAUAGUUAUAGGCGUCUGGAAUUAUGUAUUUUAUUCAGCUUAUCUCAACUAUACUCUUUAUAUCUUAGAGCACAUGCGGAGUUGUUUUUGCAGUCAUGGGCUUGAUGUCGCGGGCCAUAGCAGGAACUAUGUACCUAGCAAUCCAAAAAUUCUUUCCUCAAGGAAGGUAGGAAUAGGGUUUAUCGAAUUUAAAUCAAAUUUAAAAUGUUGUAUAUUUUUUAAAAUAAUAACAUUUUUCAAGAGAGAAUGAUGCAUUUUUAAAAAAUGUUAGAGCACUAUAGAAGUGGAUUUCUCUCCAGCUGUUUCGUGUGAACCUCCAACACAUGCACAAAAACGUUCUGCAUUUCGGCUUUCUCAGCAUUAAUUCAAAUUAUACCGUCAUUGAAAUACGUUUACAUUUCCUCGAAUCUUUUGUCAAUAUGGCCCUCGUAGUUUUAACUGAUACAGUAAAUCUGGAUGACGAACUCGGAGACUUUUUAUGCCAGUGGGUUUAAACAAAAUGAAAGUUAAAUCAUUUCGCUCGACUCACCCGGUUAUUCAACACUAUCUCCUUGAGGCUAGCAGGCUCUAGCACAUUAACUUUCUUAGAGAACGGUUGAUGUACGUACCUAAAUGUUAUUCAUCUAUUUAUUUAACAUCUACUUAUUUAUACAUUUAUUUAUUUUAUUAUCGUUUAUAUAUAAUUUAUAUUAACUAUUAUUGUUUUAACUUAUUUCAUCAUUUAAUUUGUAGCAAUUCUACGAACUGCGAAGAGUGUGGAAAUUAUGUACGUCACCUGUUUUCGUUCGUCCCAGGCUCUCUCGCCGUUAUCGGUGUGUUGGCUCUUGUGUUGUUCCAAGCGCCACAAACAAAUUGCAAGCGAAAUGGUGAGUGA